AUGGACAGGUACAGGAUAAAUGUUCGCGUACCCAUCUUGACCGUCGGCGGAAAAAAGUUGGCUCUUGGAGACCGCAGUCUUUUCAGCAAGAGCGACCAUUUUGCGCGAUCACUCGGCCGCAUGUCCUCAAAGUCGAUGUGCCUCUCUAUCGACUGCAUAAACAAGGUGAAGAGAAGCGACGCGCGGUAUCCCGAGACGAGAAUGGAGCUUGCCAGAAAGGCUACUUGCAGCAACAACGCCGACGGGAUAUGA